AUGCAAACUCCAAAGAAGUCUCAUUUAGAAGUAGUUCGGCGGAUACUCAGAUAUAUAAAAGGUACAAUAGACUAUGGUCUUAUGUGCAAGAAGGGUGAAAGUUGCAAACUAGUUGGUUAUUGUGACACUGACUAUGCAGGGGAUCAUGAUACUCGUAGAUCAACUACGGGGUAUAUGUUUAUGCUUGGAUCUGGAAUGAUUUCUUGGUGUAGUAAGAGACAACUGACAGUGCCUUUGUCAACAACCGAAGCAGAAUACCGAGCAGCAGCAAUGGCAGCUCAAGAGAACACUUGGUUGAUACAAUUAAUAAAAGAUUUGCACCAACCAAUAGAUUAUGCGAUGCCAUUGUACUGUGACAAUCAAUCAACAAUUCGUCUGGCAGAAAAUUCAGUCUUUCAUGCAAGGACUAAACACGUGGAAGUGCACUAUCAUUUUCUUCGAGAGAAAGUUCUGCAAGAUGAGAUUUUAAUGAAUUAA